CUGGUGUAAUCGCGAAGAUAAAGCCAGGGUUUGUAUGCGUGUAUGAGUGGGUGUGUGUGUCACUAGGAGAGUUCUGGUCACUCUGGCCAGCACUCUGGGAGUGGAUGCACCGGCCGGCACGCUGCUCCUACUUAUAGCAGAGCGAUGAUGAGACUGGCGGCGGUGGCGGCGGUGAUGGCGGUGGUGGCGGCCUCAGUGGCGGCGGAGGAGGCCCCGGAGGUGGUGGCGUCGGAGGUGGUGGUGGAGACGCAGGAGGGCCUCGUGUCAGGCCUGCUGGAGGAGUCGACGAAGGGCAAGCUCUUCCACUCUUACUUGGGCAUCCCCUUCGCCAAGCCCCCAGUUGGAAGCCUCCGGUUCAAGGACCCGGUGCCCGGGGAGAGGUGGGAGGGCGUGCUGGAGGGCACCACUAUGCCCACCAUAUGCCCACAGCUCGAUAUGAUGGCCGUGAUGACCUCAGAGAUGCCAGAGUCUGGCGGCAUUGUGGGAGAUGAAGACUGCCUUUACCUCAAUGUCUUCACGCCCAAGCCUGGGGAGCCCGAGGCCGGCCUGCCUGUGAUGGUGUUUAUCCACGGCGGAGGCUUCUUUGGUGGAGGCGCUCAGGACCAGCUGCCGCACGUCCUGCUCAACCGCCAGGUGGUGCUGGUGAUCAUCCAGUACAGGCUCGGCAUGCUAGGGUUCCUGUCGACGGAGGACUCGGUGAUCCCCGGCAACUUCGGGUUGAAGGACCAGACGCUGGCGCUCCAGUGGGUCCAGAGGAACAUCCACAACUUCGGCGGAGACAAGACCAAGGUCACCAUCUUCGGAGUGAGUGCCGGCGGCGCCUCCGUCCACUACCAGCUCCUCACACCCAAGUCCGAAGGACUCUUCGCCCGGGCCAUCAUGCAGUCCGGGGCGGCGGUGUGUCCCUGGGCGCUCAGUCGGUCUCACGCCGACGUCACCCGCAAGGUCGCCCAGGCCACCGGCUGCUCCAUCCACCAGGACAGCCAGGACCUCCUCAAGUGUCUGCAAGGUGUUGACGCCUUCGCGUUAACUGCUCUCUCUAAAGACACGUUGGACUGGUUCAUGCUGCCCUUCAGACUGGGGCCUCGCGUGGACGGGGACUACCUGCCGGCGGAGCCCGCGGUCCUCCUGAAGGAGGGACGCUUCCAUAAGGUUCCCCUCGUGAGUGGCAUCGCUGCCCACGAGGGAGUUGUGUUUACUCUACCCAUGUAUGUCAUGGAGCACCUCCGCCUGGCGCUGGAGAACGACUUCGAAGUGGCUGGCCCGGCCAGCGUCCAGUCCAUCGACGACACAGACGAUCCCGUGGGCUUGGCCCUCAAAUUGUAUCGUUACUACGUCGGGGAGGUGAAGGUGACCUCUGGCCGCAAAGGAGAUCUCAUUGAGAUGAUGUCAGACCGGCACUUCACGAUGUGCCACGACUGGGCGUCGCAGCAUCACGCCAAGCACCAGGGGCCGGACUCCCGCACCUUCAGAUACGAGCUCACCCACAACGCUGAACUCUCCGUCUCCGCCUUAUUCGGCGCCAGUCCUGACAGUCGCUGGGUGUCUCACGGCGACGAUAUAUUCUACCUGUUCCGGCUCGGAACCAUGCUGGAGAUGGUCAGCCAGGCUUUCAAUGGGCAAACAGACCUACGGCGUAAGGAUGACCUUCAGCUUCGGGAAAUCAUCCUUUCCCUCUGGCUGAACUUCGCUGCCACAGGGAACCCGACUCCUGACGACUCUCUUGGGUUCACCUGGGAGCCCUCCACCGAGGACAACCUCCAGUACCUCAACCUCACGCCCUCGCCCUCAAUGGAGGCCGACCAACGUCAUCACAUGCGUAUGUUCCAUGCAUCGUUGCCGACUAAGGUGAACCUGGCGCUCCACCCCCACCUGGUGAAGCAGGACACACCUGAAGCAGACGACGCCGUCGAGGACGCCGCCCGGGAAGGUGGUUCAUCACGCAUCUCCCAAGACGAGUUGUAGCUGCCAUUCUUCCUGGAGGUUGUGACUCUGCCACUCCUCUAACAACAAGUCACAAGUCUGGAGAAGAGAGACUGUGGUCGUCAAUAACUAUACUCGCUCUACAGUCAGUUGAAGAGCGUGAGAGACAUGCCUCACGUGGCGAGUUCUGGCCAACAGGUCCCCCAAUGCUGUUUGCAAAUAAAACAUGCUUGUGGAGCUGAAAUAUAAAAGUUUACCGUU